CGCGUGCAUGGGUACGGGGCGCCUAGCAAACCAGGAAGUGACCCUCCCCUCCAGAAAAUCUGUUCACCCACCAGCUUUUGGUGUGCUACCGCAAACUUAGAAGGAGCCCUAUUGGUUACGGAGGAAGGCAUCAAGAGGAGGAUUCUAAUGCAUAGCCUGAGACUCUCCAGGGUAGGUCUCUUCUCCAAGCCAAGACUGCUUCUCUGGUAUGCCAGAAAACCACCAGAUUGGUCUCAACCGUUUUUGGGGAUAGCAUGUAAGGGGAAUUUCACCCAUGUGAAUGCCAAGAAGUAUUCAAGUGGACAAAAAAGUGAGAAGAAACAAAGUCAUUUCGGAUUGUCUGAUGGUUCUUGGCAGGAAAGGCUGGCUGAUGUUGUGACACCACUCUGGAGGCUGAGCUAUGAAGAACAACUGAAGGUGAAAUUUGAAGGUCAGAAGAAAAUUUUACAAAGACUGGGGUUUGACCUGCAAAUGCUCAAUGGAGUCAAGGCAGUAACCACACCCCAAUCAGAGGGUCUCUGUUGUCUUCUUCAUCCUAUUAUGCCCUCUCCUCUCAUCAAUGGCUACCAAAAUAAGUCCACCUUCUCUGUGAACCGAGGCCCAGAUGGCAAUCCGAAGACUGUUGGAUACUACCUGGGAACUUGGAAAGAUGGGAACAUUGUGUGUGUACAGUCUAACCAUCUGAAAAACAUCCCUGAGAAACAUGAUCAAGUGGCUCAGUACUAUGAAAUAUUCCUUCGACAGUCUCCGAUGGAUCCCUGCCUUGUCUUUCAUGAAGGUGGACACUGGCGUGAGAUGACAAUCCGAACCAAUAGCCAGGGACACACCAUGGCUAUCAUAACUUUCCAUCCCCAGGAAUUAAGUCAGGAGGAGCUCUGUGUUCAGAAGGAGACUCUAAAGGAAUUCUUCAUCAAAGGCCCUGGAGCAGUUUGCGACUUGACUUCCCUUUAUUUCCAGGAAAGCACCAUGACCCGUUGCAGUCAUCAGCUCCCCUACCAGCUCUUAUUUGGGGAACCCCACAUCUUUGCAGAUCUUCUAGGAUUGAAGGUCUGCAUUUCUCCAGAUGCCUUUUUCCAGAUUAACACUGCUGGUGCUGAGGUGCUCUAUCAGACCAUUGGGGAGCUGAGUGGAGUGAAUUCUAAUAUGGUCCUCCUUGAUAUCUGCUGUGGAACUGGUGUGAUUGGCCUUUCCCUAGCGCAGCAUGCCUCCCAGGUUCUUGGGAUUGAGUUGAUGGAGCAGGCGGUAGAGGAUGCCAGGUGGACAGCAGCCUUCAAUGGUAUCACCAAUUGUGAAUUUCACACUGAUAGAGCAGAGAAGAUUUUGCCACAGUUCUUAAAGUCAAAGGAAGAUGGGCAGUCAGUUAUUGCUGUGGUGAACCCAGCCCGUGCAGGCCUGCAUUACAAGGUGGUUCAAGCCAUCCGGAACUGCCAGGCUAUCCACACACUAGGUUUUGUUUCUUGCAAGCCUCAUGGUGAGACCACAAGGAAUAUCACUGAGUUGUGCUGUCCUCCAGACUCUGCCAAGAAGCUUCUAGGCAAGCCUUUUGUCCUGAGAGAAGCUGUACCUGUGGAUUUGUUUCCCCACACCUCACACUGUGAACUGGUGCUCCUCUUUACAUGCUAAGCCAUGUAGGAAACUGCAAAUGGUGUUAAAGCUGAAGUUUCAGAAACUUCUAGGUUAGCCAUACUGUUGCAUUUCAGGCCCUGAGGACUUUAUUGGGGAAAACCAGUGUAAAGAUCAUUAGUAAGAAGAACAUAGUAAGUAGAUGUCUGAGCCAUGUUAACCUUAGCUGCCAGACUCCCCUGUGAUAGUGUUUGUGUGCUUUGUAUGGACCAUUCCCAACUUGUCAGCUCUGGAUUAGGACUGUUCCUUUCUUUCUUAUCUGAUUGUCAUGGUCUUAAUGUACAGCCUCAUUUUCCCAUCUCAUUCUGCUUGUGCUGUGCUGAUCAUAUGGGUAUCUGUGUAUGUGUGCAUGCGUGUGCCAGUUGAGGCUUGGACU